ACAACUAACCCAUAAAAAUUAAAUGAAAAAAAAAAAAAAAAAAAAAAAAAAAAAAAAAAAAAAAAAAAAAAAAUGAAACUAAAAAAAAAAAUAACAAGCACUACGGAAAAAGAAGCAACUGUCAAAUUAACACGUACAGCACAAAAUAAUAAUGAUGCGGCAUUGAAGGAGACCAUAGCAGAGGAAUUAUGUAAUAUAGAAACAGGUAUUAAAAAUGUAGAAUCAAAAAAAAGUAGUGGUGUUAGAAGUAAAUCGGUACCAAAUAGGAAAAGUACAAGUAGAAAAAACACAAUUGUGGGAAACAGUAAAAUGCACACAAGAAUUGAAACAAAACUUGAUGAUAUAAAAAUGAAUUCAAAAGUAAACACAUUAAAUAAUUUAGACAAUGACACAGAAGUGUGUAAGGAUACAAUUAAAAAGAGCGAUAGCAUAGGUUUGCUUAAGCUAAAAGAGAAUCAAAAGAAAAAGAAAGAAAAAAAAAAAAAGAUAGAUACUAACAACAGUGAUUUUAAUGAUAAUAAUAAUAACGUUGAUCAAUUUAAUCACAGUAAUAACGGUAGUACCAUCCUUGAUGACAAUAUUAUUAAUUCUCAUAUUAAUACAGAUGUAAUUAUAAAUGGAAUAAAAACAACAACAGUUAUGAAAAAGGAUGUAGACAAUAAUGAACUGGAUGGUUACACUAAUACGAACAAUUUAAAUAAUAAUAAUAAUAUGAAUAAAAAAAAUAGCUUUGAUGAUAAAAUAAGUGGAAUGGAAGCUAGUACUUCAAAUAUGAUAAAUAAUAAAAGUAAUAAAAAAAAAAGAGAAAAGAAAGUAAAAGAAAAUGUUGGUACUAGUAAAAACAAAAAGCGAAAAAAAGAAGAAGUUUUAAAUAAUAACGACAACGAUAGCAGCAACGGUAACGAUGACGAUGAUAAUGAUAGUAGCAAAGGUAAAAAUAACGAUAGUAGUAUAAACAAUAAAAACGACAAUAAAAACGACAAAAACAAUGACAAAAACAAUGACAAAAAUAAUGACAAUAAAAAUGACAAAAACAAUGACAAAAACAAUGACAAAAACAAUGACGUUGUAGAUGAAGUUUUAUCAAAACGUACACGGAAAAGAAGUGCUAAGUACUUUAACGAUUAUAUGCUGGUGGAUGAUGAGGAAGAAACUUUUUAUAGUUAUACUAACAAUUUUAACACAGCGUCUAAUAAUGUGAUAAAAUUAAUAAAAAACACAAAUGAAAUAACUAAUAAAAAAAUAGAAAAUGAAUGUGAACAGUUGAGCUAUAAUGGCACCGACAAAAUAGAAAACAUUGAUAAUAAUUCUUAUGAAUUAAAAACAAAAUCAAAUCAAAAUAAUUACGUAAAUGUUAAGGGUGUUAAAAGUGUAAGUCGCAGUGUUAGUAAAAAACUUACAUUAAAAAAAAAAAAAAAAAAUAUUAAUUAAUGAAAAUGAUAUAGACCAACAAAAUAAUGAUAAUAAUAUUAAUGGUGAUAAGGACAAUAUAAACAAUAAUGUUGAUAAUAAUGAUAAUAAUAAUGUUGAUAAUAAUAAUGGUAACAUAAAUAAUAACGAUAAUAAUGGUAAUAAUGGUAAGAACAGCCUUAUAAAGAACGUAUCAAAUGUUGUGGGAAAAACAUUAAAAGGCUUUACAAACCUAAAUAUACGUAAAGCCGCAUAUUAUAAAUUUAUAAAUAGUAUAACAACAGAUACAAGGAAACAUGAUAAUAUCACACAAACUGGUACAAAGAAGAAGGUGCAUAUUGAGGAUGUUAAAGAAAAGGAAAUAGUAAAUAUAAUGGACACAUCAACACAUGAUAAUACAAAUGGUGAUAUUAUUAAUCUUACUAAUGAAAUAGUACCUGAUAUUGUUACUGAUAGUAGUAAAAAAAAAAAGUAUAAAACGAAAAAAAAAUUAACAUUAAAAAAAAAAGUCAGUACUGAGGAAA